CCCCCUCCUUGGCCUGUGGGUCUGUCCCUCCAACUGGCUUAGAGUGGAGAUGGGAUAUCUGGGGGAGAGCGUUCCAGAGAGAAUACAAGGAAGGACUGGAGCCCAGACAGAGGGCAAAGGCAUCUUUCAAGUCCCGAGACUUCCUGUCCAGGCAUCGUGUCUACAGGUAGUUUGCCCUCGGAGGACAGCAGGAAACGGUGUCUUCAAUGGCUUCGUUGGUGGCUUAUGAUGACUCGGACUCCGAGGCUGAGAGCGAGCCUGCGGGAAGCGUGGAUGCUGCUGGCCAGAUGAGGGACUCCUGUGAUAUGGUCAAACCUCGUGGCCAGGAUUUCGCAUCGGGAGUCCUGGACGGGGCAGGAGGCACGCUGCCCACAAAGCACGGCUCCUGUGAAGACCCAGCCGACCAGCGUCUCCCACUGGCUCGGCUCUGGAGGAGCGACCCAGGAUCUUGCCCCAGCCAGAGGCUCCAGUGGCCCAGGACAGAGCCCGAAGUCACCUUCCCCACAAGCGAGCCUCCUCGUCCUUCCCUGUGGACCAGCCAUGCUCCCGCUGGCCACGUGCCCUGCGCAGCCGCCCGCUUUAAGCAGGUGAAACUCUCUUGGGGAACUUCCGACCCCCCUGAGCCAUCUUUCUGUGCCCAACCCAAAUCAGAGACCCCAGGGAAAAGUGGCGGCUCUCUUCAGAAGAAAAGGCGAGAGGACUGUAUUGUACCCUACACCCCGAAAAGACUGAGACACUCGCAAGCAUUAAGCACAGAAACAGGCAAGAACAAAGAUGCGGAGGCCCGGGGUCCCUCUCUGUGCGCCCCGCGCCCUCUGUGCACGGCCCCCCACGUGUCCGAGUUCAUCCAGCCGUACCUGGGCACCCCGUAUAAGGAAACCCAGAUUUCCCAGAGGGUGCUCUUCCACCUGAGAGGCCACAAGGGCCCCGUCAGCAGCAUCCAGUGGUGCCCCGUCUUUUCAAAGAGCCACAUGUUCCUCUCAGCUUCUCUGGAUAAAACCUUCAAGGUGUGGAACGCGGUGGACUCGGGGAGAUGCCUGCAGACCUACUCUCUGCACAGUGAGGCGGUGCGGGCUGCCCGGUGGUCUCCCUGCGGCCAGCGCAUCCUCAGCGGUGGCUUCGACUGCGCUCUGCACCUCACAGACCUUGAAACAGGAACCCAGGUAUUCAGUGGUCAGAGUAACUUCAGAGUCACUACCUUGAAAUUUCAUCCGAAAGACCACAACCUUUUUGUGUGUGGGGGCUUCAGCUCUGAGGUCAAAGCCUGGGAUGUGAGGGCCGGCAAGGUGGUGAGAAGCUACAAGGCGACCAUCCAGCAGACCUUGGACAUCCUCUUCCUCCAGGAAGGCUCCGAGUUUCUGAGCAGCACAGAUGCUUCGAGCCGGGACUCUGCCGAUCGUACCAUUAUCGCCUGGGAUUUCCGGAGCUCCGCCAAAAUCUCCAACCAGAUUUUCCAUGAGAGGUACACCUGCCCCAGCCUGGCCUUGCACCCGCGGGAGCCCGUGUUCCUGGCCCAGACCAAUGGCAACUACCUGGCCCUCUUCUCCGCCGUGUGGCCCUACCGGAUGAGCAGAAGGCGGCGCUACGAAGGGCACAAGGUGGAAGGCUACGCGGUGGGCUGCGAGUGCUCCCCCGACGGAGACCUGCUGGUGACGGGCAGCGCGGACGGCCGGGUCCUGCUCUACUGCUUCCGCACGGCCAGCCGGGCACGCACGCUACACGGGCACACGCAGGCCUGCGUGGGCACCACCUUCCACCCUGUGCUGCCUUCCGUCCUCGCCACCUGCUCCUGGGAGGGUGACAUCAAGAUCUGGCACUGAGCCUUCCAGCGCAGCACCCCUGGACAGACAUGGUCGCCCCCGGCUCCCUGGGGGGGGAGGGGGACUAAAUACUGAGGCUGGCGCUCCACCCGGGGUCCCCAGUUCCUCUGAAAUCGGGCCAGGAGCCUUUUGUCUCGGUUGUGAGGCUGGGAAGUGAGCGCCUGGCACACUGCUCCUGACGCUCAGUAAAUACGCGUCUCGCUGUUUUGUAGGUG